GACAUACGUGGACAGUGGUGGCAUGGCCACGUAAAAUAAAAGUUCUGUGGGAUUUUCUCGAGAAACAAACUGACGGAAAAGGAACUCCCUCGAGUUUUAGGCUCCAAAAACCUCGAAUCAUUUGCCAAGAAAGUAGAGACUAGAAAGCGACAAUGGGAGCAUCAUCUUCGAUAGAGCAGAAGGGUAUGAGCGAACAACGAGAGUUGGAGAAUCUAGCCGCUUCCACAGGAGCGUUGCCUAUGCUUCAAAAUUCGUUCUCCAUGCUUGUCGAUCCUCAAACAAAUGCCGUCCCUCUCCAAUCUCUUCAGCAAGUCUUCUGUAUAAAUUAUAGAAACCCUGAGUGUGAAGCACCCAACAUUCCUGAUUCCUUUCUGGGAUUAUUGGAUCAUCUGGGUGCAUCCAUAGUGGACCUGUUUUUCAUCACUGAGAAAGGAGGAGUCAGUUGGAUUGAGUUUUUGAGAGGUUACUUGAUGUGUUGUGGGAGGAUGCCUGCCUCAAUGGCGCUCAAUGCUUUGCUGAGAGUAUUUGCCACAAACUUUACAAAAGCCAGACAUCAUUUGAAACUGGUGUUCGAAUCGAGCGAUAACGAUUGUAAGAUAAGUGGAUAUCUUCUACCCGCUGAUGUUCUUAUGCUUCUCUGGAUGUGUUGGACUAUGCUGUGGGAUUCCAGAACUUCAAGAUGUACGAAAGGCAAAGAAAAUCUGUGUCUCCCGGAUGUUAGUCACUUAAUACUAUCAGCAGUUGUUUCGUGUACUGAAGUUGGCAGUGGCCUGAAUUUGUGGGAUUGUGACAUCUCAGCCUUGGAAGUUGAGCUUCCUGUUGGGAAGUUUCUUACGUGGGCCUUAACUACUGUACCGAGCCUUACAGAUUGCUUCACUCAAUUCGUUAACACAAGACUUAAAAAUUCAGUUUCUUCAGAGGAUAAGUUGGAACGUUCAACUUCAUCAUUAGGAGAAAUCCCUCCAAGAGAGGCAUGCGAUAUUCAUCUGCUAACUCGUGGAAGAGCAUGGGCAAUUUCUCUUACACUCAGGAGUACAAUCAGUGAAGAAAUUUUAAAACCAUGCUUACCUAGUGGCAGUGAUGGAACAUUUGAAAAUCUUCUAUACCGGUCAUCUCUUCAUGGGAGGGGCUUGAACAGAUUCUGGUCUAACAUUGAGGGUUAUCUUGGCCCAUUGCUAUUUUUGGUUUCUGCUACUUCUGGAGAUGUCCAUGGGGAUAGUACCAGUGUCAGAAAAUGGAUCAUAGGUGCACUGACACAGCAGGGUUUUGAAAAUAAGGAUAUGUUCUAUGGAAGCUCUGGAAGCCUAUAUGCCAUAAGUCCAAUCUUCCAUGUUUUUUCACCUUCUGGGAAAGAUAAGAAGUUUGUUUACAGCCACUUGCAUCCUACCAGCCGAGCUUAUGAGCCACAUCCCAAGCCGGUGGGAAUUGCAUUUGGAGGAACCAUUGGGAAUGAGAGAAUAUGUAUCGAUGAAGAUUUUGUUAGAGUUACUGUCCGCCAUCAUGCAGUUGACAAAACUUACCAACCUGGUUCCCUUUUCCCAUCUCAGGGGUUUCUCCCUGUUGAAGCUUUGAUUUCUGAAGUUGAAGUUUGGGGAUUGGGCGGGAGAACAGCAAAGGAAGUUCAAACUUCAUUUAAGAGGAGAGAGGAACUUUUCAUUGAGCAAAGGCGCAAGGUUGACUUGAAAACUUUUGCAAGCUGGGAGGACUCUCCUGAGAAGAUGAUGAUGGAUAUGAUGUCUGAACCCAAUGCAGUGCGAAGGGAAGAUCGGUGAAUAAAAUUGUGCAGAAUGCAUUAUUGCUUUUUUUUAUCCUUCACAUUUUUCCAAUUAGGCAGGUUUCUAGAUUGUAAUAAUCCUGUAUAAGAGGAAAGUAGAGUAGGUGAAUAGUCCCGUGUGUUUCUUUACGAUGUGGCUCUACAGAAUUCCAGAGAAGAGUUGAUCUCUCUGGGUAUAUUCAAGGCUUAAGAGCCCCUGGGGGAUUGUUGUAAUUAUAAAAUAAUCAACUUAUGGGUUACAUUUUCACUAUUUGUGUAUGAAAAAUAAGAUUAUGUUAUUUGGCCUUUGUUAAA